ACACCGAGGAGGCGCGUGACAUGGAGCGGCGCAAUCGCAACGGAGACAUUUGCAGGCGUUUCGUGAAUGGUAAUUGCACUAAUGGUGAUGGCUGCCGAUUCCGACAUGAAAGACCGACUCAAAUGUGUAGGCACUUUCUGAAAGGGGACUGCUGGUUUGGUGACCACUGCAAGUUUCUUCAUGUUUUUCCACCUGGAGGAAGACUCGCUGAGCCUAAUGCUUCAUCGUUCCUCUCCCCUGUGGCCCCUGGUCAGUUGGACAGAAGGUCAUCUGAGCCCACAGUGCUACAGGCCGAAAGGAGUGGACAAAACACUACCUCGAAUCAGACCACCAAUGUAACAAUGAACACAACUGAAGCCCAUUCACUAGAAAGAAAAUCAACAGAUUCUGCACACAACUCAGAAAUGGGAAGAUCGCUACAGCUGAGGAAUCAAGGAGAAGGAAGCGAGGAAAGAGAAUUGAGAUGCGGCCAAGGAAAUGUUCCAAAUGAGGAAAUAGAAGGUGCUACAGCUGGUCCUUCACAAUCUGUAGACAGAGCUCAAGCCAUUCUCAGAAGUAAAGACCUGACCUGUGGAAUCUGCAUGGAUAAGAUUUAUGAAAAGCCAGAACUGGAUGAACGCAUGUUUGGUAUUUUGCCAAACUGCAGUCACGCAUUUUGUUUGAAAUGUAUUAGAACCUGGAGGAAGACCAGACAGCUCUCACCCGACGUUGUCAAGAGUUGCCCCCAGUGCAGAGUGAAGUCUGGAUUUUAUGUGCCACACAAUUAUUGGGUUGAAGGACAAGAAAAAGAAUCCUUAAUUACUGCUUUCAAAAGAAGGUUUAGCAAGAAAACGUGUAGUUUCUAUCUGCGACAAGGCCGCUGCCCAUUUAAAUCGGACUGCCUCUACCGUCAUGAUAAAACAUUAAAACGACUGCCACGUGAGAUUUCUGAGGAUGCUGAGGACUUGUACACUUCAGAUGUGCUCAACUUUUUAUUAGCCAUGGCUCUUAUAGACAGUGAUGAGGACGAUGAUGACGAAGAGCUUAACAUAUUUGACAUGCCAUUACAUUUAAUUCGAGAGCACGUUCUUCGCCCUUAGGGAUUUUUU